CUCUGUCCUCCGCUUGUGAAGCGACUGCAGGGGAGCCAGAUGCCCGACUGUGAGCCGCUGCCUGUGGAUACCUAUCCCAAAUGCCAGAGCAGGCGGGAGCCACAGACACAUUUCACCCUCUGACAGGAAAGAGGAGUGAAUAGGGGCAGUGAACGGAAUAAGAAUGCUUUUUUAAAAUAUAUUUUUCUUCCCACCCCCCUUCCUCUCUCUGCUUCUGUCUCUGCUUCAAAUGAAGAGCUUCCUUGGACUUGGAGUAUCGGGCAUCAGUAGAAAAGAAACCGUUAUCCCACUCUGCCCCUGCUGCUGCGGCGCUGCUGUCUGUGAGCGCGUUCUCUCCUUGCAUUGGAAUAUACAGCGUGCCUAUAUGCGCAAAACCAUGGAGAUUAUAUGACGUGGAUUUAUUUUUGGCACACAACUGGACAUCUACAAAAGCGACGUUCCCUCUUAUUUUCAUUUUUUAUGUCUUUUUUGCGUUCUUCUGUUCCGCUUUCCUUUGAUCUAUGGCUACUUUAUGAUUUCACGUCUUUAUAGCGAUCUUUCCUCAUUUUUAUUUAUUUAUUUUUUACACUUAUUUUUUGGUCCGUUUCGGAGGCGCAGAAGUGGAAUGCCUCGCAGAGAACAUUCGUGCAGCGCAGUCGCGUGGGUGAAUGAAUGAGUCUCCCUCUCCAUCUGAGACGUGCCAUGGAUGGAAAACUUAAUUUGUAUCCACGGAACCGAUCGGGGAAUAGCCGUCGCAUCAAAUAACUACUGCUGACAGCGAUCAGGACAAAUGUCAUAGGAUGAACACUGCUGGUGGGGUGUGUCUGUCUGUGCUGUCCUCUCUCCUGGCUGUGGCUGGGGCCCUGGCUGCCGUGUCUGCCCUCACUCUAGCGCCUCUCUCUGCCCUGGCUGAGGCUGCCUAUGGGGCUGCCAAUGGUGUCCCCAGCACCGGGGCAGAAGGGGGCCCCUCGGCCAUCUCCUCACCAUGCUCCAGCCUUGUAGCUGGGGUGCUCUAUGGCUCUUUCUCCCUAAGGGAGCUCUUUCCCUCCAGGGCACCGGGCUGCUCCUGGUCCCUGGAAAACCCAGACCCCACCAAGUACUCCCUAUACCUCCGCUUCACCCGCCACCCUAUCAUCUGCCGGACACACUCCCCCAUGCUGCUCUCCCUUGACCACCACCUGACCAAUCAAAGCUGUCCCCUUCACUUACAGACAGCUGCUGCAAGGGAUCAGGAAGUCAUCGAUCUUUGUGGCAGCCAAUCCAACUCAGAUGGACCAUACUCCUUCCAACAGUUUGAUAAGAACUUUGUCCAACUAUGUCUAACAAGACAUCCAGCUGCGGAUAAGCCUCAGGUAACUAAGGAAUUGCUGGAGCUGAGACUGGUAGAGGUGUUACUCAUCAACAACGAGAACUCCAGUCAGUUUACCUGCGGCGUGCUCUGCCGAUGGUUUGAGGAGUGUUUACGCACAGGUCACAAUGGAGACCAGGAGGUUUCUGACGGAGAUGGUUGUGGGAUGACCCAGACAGGAUGUAUCUGUCCAAACCACAACAUCAUGGCACCACCUAUUCCCUUGCUCCCGGAGACACCACACAGUUUCAGCAAUGGUUCGCUGGUUCCUGAUGACUGCUGCGUUACUGAGCUGCAUUCCAAUGAAGCAAUCGCCAUAGCACCCAGAGAUGUCCGACAAGACCCAUAUGAUGAUGAUGAUCUGAAGGUGAAGACCCAAAGACCACGAUCAGCUGACCAGCCAGGUGUGUUUCAGGCACAGACAGGUGACCCCGCAGCAGAGGAGUGGUCACAGUGGAGUGUGUGUUCUCUCACCUGUGGGCAAGGCUGGCAAGUGAGGACACGAUCGUGUGUUUCUUCUCCCUAUGGAACACUGUGCAGCGGUGCCCUCCGGGAAACACGCAUGUGUAACAACACCGCUUCCUGUCCAGGAGAACCUGGGGUCACAGGCUCAGUGCAUGGGCUGUGGGAGGAGUGGUCGUCAUGGAGUCUGUGCUCUGUGACCUGUGGGCGGGGCUCCAGGACGCGAACCAGGAAGUGUGUGAACGGAGGCGGGGCCGUGGCUUGUGGACAGCCUGACAUUCAGACCAAACUCUGCAACAUAGCAGUGUGUCCUGUGGAGGGCCAGUGGUUGGAGUGGGGGCCAUGGUCGAGAUGCAGUGUGACUUGUAACACAGGAACCCAGCAGAGGCAGAGACGCUGCAGUGCAUCGGUGCACGGCUGGGCUGAAUGUAAGGGCCCCCAUCAGGAGAGUAGAGACUGCACCAACCCUUCCUGCAGCGGUGGAGGUAACUGGGGCAGCUGGAACCACUGGAGUCUCUGCAGUAAGACAUGUGACUCCGGUUGGCAGCGUCGCUUCAGGAUGUGCGAGGGCACCGGAAUACAGGGCUACCCCUGCGAUGGCUCGGGAGAGGAGGUCCGGUCUUGUAACGAGAAAAAAUGCCCUGCUCCUCAUGAGAUAUGUAAAGACGAGCAUCUUCUCUCUAUGUCAUGGAAAAGAGCCUCAGCUGGAGAAACUGUCUACAACAAAUGUCCAACUAACGCCACUGGAUCUGCUAGUCGUCGUUGCAUGCUGGACAAUAAUGGAGUUGCUUUCUGGGGUCCUCCGAGCUUCGCCAGAUGCAUCUCACUUGAAUAUAGAUAUUUACAUUUAUCUUUACGAGAGCAUCUCGCGAAGGGUCAGAGGACCCUGGCUGGGGAGGGCAUGUCUCAGAUCGUAAGGAGUCUCCUGGAGCUCUUGCAGAGGAGGAGCUACUACAGUGGCGACCUUCUCUUUUCCACGGAGAUUCUGCGAAAUGUGACGGACACCUUCAAAAGAGCAACCUACAUCCCAGCUCCCGACGACGUGCAGAAAUUCUUCCAGAUAGUCAGCCAUAUGUUGGACAUGGAAAAUCUAGAAAAAUGGGAAGACGCUCACCAGGUCGCUCCCGGUGCUGCUCUGCUGAUGAGGAUAUUAGAAGAUUUCAUUCACCUCAUCGGAGAGUCCCAGAAGCCUUUCCAGAGUUUCCUUGUGGUUACCAACAACCUCAUGAUAACCAUCCAGCGAGAGCCGGUGUCAGCAGUUUCCAGUGAUAUAAACUUCCCCAUGAAGGGCCGGAGAGGGAUGAAGGACUGGGCCAGAACAGCAGAGGACAAGCUCUACAUCCCUAAAGAGGUCUUCACCAUCCAGACUGAAGAGACAGAGGCAGAAUCACUGACAACCAUGUACUAUGUCAUCGGAGCCAUAUUGUACAGGACGUUGGGCGUCAUCCUACCUGCACCAAAACCCCCUGCAGUGAUCAACUCCAAGAUCCUGACAGUGACAGUACGGCCAGAACCGCAACCCAGCGAGCCCAUGGUGGUGGUGGAGCUGUCUCCACUUAUCAAUGGUACAUCGGAUCCUCAGUGUGUUGUCUGGGACUAUGGCAACCCGGAAGCUGGCGCAGAGAACUGGGGCACAGAAGGCUGCCAAACGCUCGCGUCAACCACUGUCCACACCAAAUGCCUGUGCAGCAGGAUAUCCACCUACGCCGUGUUAGCGCAGCAAGCUAAAGACCCGGACAUGGGUCCUACCAGCAUGCCCUCUGUUCCCCUCAUGGUGGGCUGUGGGGUCUCCUGCACCGCUCUGCUCAUCCUGCUGCUAAUCUACGCUGCCUUCUGGAGGUAUAUCCGUUCGGAGAGAUCCAUCAUCUUGGUGAAUUUUUGCCUCUCCAUCUUGGCCUCCAAUUUAUUGAUUUUGGUGGGACAAUCUCAAACGCUUAGCAAGGGCCUCUGUACUGUGACUGCUGCCUUCCUGCAUUUCUUCUUCUUGGCAUCCUUCUGCUGGGUGCUGACAGAGGCGUGGCAGUCCUACCUGGCCGUCAUUGGGAAAAUGAGGUCACGACUCAUUCGCAAGCGUUUUCUGUGCCUCGGCUGGGGUCUUCCAGCUCUAGUUGUAGCAGUGUCAGUAGGUUUCACCAGAGCAAGAGGUUACGGCACAGCCAGCUACUGUUGGUUAUCCUUGGAGGGUGGCUUGCUUUAUGCCUUCGUCGGGCCAGCUGCUGUCAUUGUAUUGGUGAAUAUGCUCAUUGGAAUUGUGGUGUUUAACAAGCUCAUGUCUCGAGACGGCAUCUCAGACAAGUCUAAAAAGCAGCGAGCGGGUGUCCCAGCGGAGGCGCGUAGCCGGCUGCUCCUGAAAUGCUCCAAGUGUGGCGUGAUCUCGAGCACCGCUCUGUCCAGCUCGACUGCCAGCAGCGCCAUGGCGUCUCUGUGGAGCUCCUGUGUGGUUCUUCCUCUCUUGGCAUUAACCUGGAUGUCAGCAGUCCUAGCCAUAACCGACCGUCGCUCCACACUCUUCCAGGUCCUCUUUGCCGUCUUUGACUCUGUCCAGGGUUUUGUCAUCAUCACCGUCCACUGUGCAAUGCGACGAGAGGUGCAGGAUGCUGUGCGCUGUAGGAUGGGGGGAUGUAAAGAUGACAGCGAAAACUCACCAGACUCCUGCAAGAAUGGACAGGUGCAGAUCAUGACGGAUUUUGAGAAGGAUGUGGACUUGGCAUGUCAAACAGAGAGAGGACACCCAUUCAUAUUCAAGGAGGUGAACACCUGCAACCCGGCCACCAUCACUGGCACCCUUUCCCGUAUUUCCCUGGAUGACGAGGACGAUCCCAAGCUGUCAGCCCAUCAGGAGGGGGGAGUGGGGGUCAACUUCAACUCCCUCCCCGGGAACAUCCCCCCUCCCAACCUCAUCGUACAGGUUCCAACGCUCGGCGGCCUCAAUGAGUUGAGCGAGACGCCCCUAAAGAAGGAGGUGAAUGUGGAUCAGCAGAGACAGCAGGGGCAGCAACGCAGCGGUGCUCCAAUCUACCUGUGCACUGAGAGUGGCCUGGGCUGGGCUCGACCGCCCGCUUCCUCCAACACCUCCCAGGACGGAAGUGCUGGAAGCGGGGGAAGUGGAGGGGGAGGAGGAAGUGGCGGAGGCGGGGAGGGAGACUACAUGGUCUUGCCUCGUAGGACGGUCAGUCUCAAACCUCCAGCACCCUCCUCCCAAGGAGGAGGUCUGGGACUGGGGGGUGAGGACAAGCCUCUCAACAUUGCAGUGGAGGACCCCCCCUUCCCCCCGCCUCCCUCUCCCCUGACCCUACACCCAGCUGAGAGUGAGGCCUACCCUGCGGAUUUUGUGCCGUCCAGUGUGGGUGACAUGAACAUCACCAUGAACCUCAACCGCUCCUAUGGGACGAUCAAAACCAUGCCCCACGGGCACGGCCACAUGAUGGCACAGGGUAGUCUUGUACACUCCCACGGAGGACACAUGCACUCCCACGGGCAUUCGCUCCAGCUGAAGCCAGGCCAGAGGCCGUCGGUUAGACAGAUUCUGACAGGGGGGACCACAGUGGAAAGAACCAGGACCCUGCCUCGCAACCUGGGCAGCACUAAUGCCAACACCAGCCACUCAGCAGGAUCCCUGGAGAGGAAAAGAGUACGGUACUCUGAGCUGGACUUCGAGAAAGUGAUGCACACUCGCAAAAGACAUUCUGAGCUGUACCAUGAGCUCAACCACUCGUCCAAGUUCCACACCAUAGACAGGUAUAGCAGGGACCCAGCCAUGUCCACAUUGAAGAGGGGAAAGCGAUGGAGCAUUUCGUCUGCCGGAGGUGAAAAGAACUCGUUGAGUGACAAGUCAACCCCAGAGGACCAGAGCUCCUGGGACAGCUUCAAGACCAUGACCCCCGAGCUGUCCAUCGUGCCUGGGGAGCAGAAGGACCGGAUGGAGCUGCACAAUAAAAACUGGGACUCGUCCUCCGCCAACACGCCUGACUCCUCCGAGGGAGACUUCCAGACUGAAGUGUGAAGACGCACAGACGUACAUGCACUCACUUGGACACACUCAAACUCAUGCCGAAAUACAGAUGCACACAGAGAUACUGAACUUCUGAAAAGCUAUACAUAACGUAAAUGAUUUUUCGCAAAGAUCUCACACACACCGCUCCCCCGUCUCCUGCAAUGUGCUCUGCUGGAUCCCAUACUGUAUUUGUUUACUGCUGCAGUGGACAGACAUGGAAAGAAGACUGUUCUACUCUAUAUUUUCGCAAAGACUAAUGAAAAGAAAGAACAGGGGCUUGACACGUCUGUGACUGACGGAGAUUUUUAAAUGAACUUUAAAAAAAAAACUAUGAAAAACUUAUUUCUGAGAAAAAUGUCUUGAUUUUAUUCUGGAGAAAAAAGAAAAUCUCUUUCAAUUGUUUGAUGAUUUGGGGGGGAAAAAAGAAAAAGAAGAAUAUUUCUGCACCGUUCAGUUCUUUUUAUAGCAAGGGGGAAAAAAUCUCACUGAGGUUUCUCACACUGGUAGCCCCCCUAGGCACCCUGCUUUCAUUUAUUUCCUCUUCCCUUCUAAUGGAUGACGAAAGCAUUCUAUCUCUCAAGUCUUUCCUUUUUUUAUUUUCAUUUGUUUCUUUUUGUCAUUUUGGAUGGAUAGGGCACAGGGGAAUGGGCAAAGAGCUGCUCAUUGAUAUGUGCCAUCCACCCUGCUUUUUUUCAGGUUCCAGUUCAACAAUCCCAUCCAUCCAUUCCUCUCACAUCCUCUGUGUCAACAUUGUAUUCCCCCGUUUUGUGUAUUUUCUAUGCUUUAGUUACAAAAAUGUCCUCCCCUAUGCUUUGAAACUUUUAAUGAAAAAAUAAUACGAUUGAAACAAAUAACUGAGUUGUGUUCUAUGGUCUAACUGUUCAAGAAGAAUUGAUUUAUUUUCAGACAGGUUUGUGCUUGUGCUGGCUUUUUUCUUGUUUUUUUUCUUUUUUUCAUUUCCUGCGAGAAUGAACCCAUGUGGAACUCUUAAAAAAAAAAAACAAGGAUUUAGGACACACACAGCACAUAAACGUGAGCUUGCUUUCUGAGGUAAGUGCGUGUUAUCCACCCAUGAGGGAAAAGAAGGAUAGUGAACGUCAUACAGAUUCCCGCUGUUUUUUCCCCACCUACUGCUUGGAGAUAAAAGCCUUUAAACCGUGCAACAUCUGAAUCCAUUUCAGCCAUCACCAAUCACUGUAAUGCCAGAAAAACGGUACAGAAACGUAUGCUUAGGCUGCUUAGAGUGAAACAUCGAUCGGUUUAGCGGCUACCGCAGUCUUCCCUAGUUAUUGAGGAAAUAUUGUUAGCUUCACGUAACCUGAGGAAUUUUUAACAUGUGACACCACACGAGCCACAUUUUGUUCAUUCUGUCACAAGAAUCCAAUCAGAUUUAAAGAGAAACACGCCUUCCUUUGCUUUCCUCUACCACCUACUUCCCGUUUCCCCUUCUCUGUUGCUCAUUCUGCCCACCCAGCGCCGUGCAACAGGGAGGCAUGAAAUCUUAAUGUUUGCAGUGAAGCCAGAUGUAUAAUUCCUCAUUCACAUGGAGACCUGUCAGUGUGAUUGUAUCCCUGCGCUUGAGCACAGCAGCUGCAGAGAAUGAGAGUGAAAUACAAAGACAGAAGGGGGAGUCACAGAGGUUAUAAGGCUACAAGGUGGCAGACUAAAGAGGGCAAAAAAAAAAAAAGCCAGUGGA